AUGGCUCCCCCCUCCCUUGCAACGCAGGUGCACAAGCGCAUCCAGGCACACCCUACCUGUCGCUCCAGAGUUACUCUCAGUAAGGAGGCUCGUGCUGCCCUUACAGUUCGAUGUCGAGACAAUUCCCGUCGCUUCAAGUUAGCCCUUCAGGGCGCAUGGGACGGUCUUGACAAGACUGUGAAGACCAUCACAUCCUCCCAUCACAAAAGCUUCCGUCGCGUCCAAAAUGACUUGUGCAUAGGACGCGGGAUGAUGAGGUUCAAGCGCUCCAAGUUGAGUGCUUGGAAUGCAUUCUGCUGGAAGAAACGUCAAGAGAACAAGGACAACGGUACGACGGGCAAGGACGUCUUGCAGGAAAUUGUCAAGGACCACCGUGAAGAAUAUCAGGACCUCACCGAAGAGGAGAAGACUCAGCUUCUGCUCGAAUAUGGUGAAUACAAGGAGACGAAAACCACAGGGGUCCGAAUUUCAACUAAGUUGAAGAUUAUUGAUAUCACCUCGACAUUCAAGGCUGUCGAGAGCGAGUUAAACAACUUGAGGAGUCGUACUGGCACUGAGUCAAUGUUCUACGCAACGCGUGGGUCUACUGACCUCCCUCUCUGUGGUGUUAUCUUCGCUACCAACGGUGUAGAGGAGUUUAUGCCGUCCGUGAUGAAUAUCGAUAAUCAAGAUUUAAUCAGCAAGAUGGAAGGAUUUGCUGUCCAGGGAAUGAAAGGUGCUGCGGGCAAUCAUCAAAAGCGCUGUUCUAAGGUCCGUGCAUCCCUGCGCAAUAUAAUCAAUCGGAAACUCGUGGAAAUCACUAAGGACGACAGUGCGAGGAUGCACUGGGCCAAUUAUUUCCGCAACGUCGUCGAGCCUUAUCAAGUUGUUGUCCAUGGCUGGCACACCAACAUCCCAUUCGUCAACCUCAGCAAAGCAUCUAGUGCUCUUCCUGACCUCCAGAUGUUGCAACGGAAGUGGGAGUCUGGUGCUGUUCAUUGGAGACAACUUGAGGAGGAGGAGUUUCAACAACUCCUUGAAGAGCGUAACGAGAAGAUUGAAAGUGGUGAGAUUAUCGAGAGCCGCUGCCGAACUCGCUCGGACAAAGGAAAGAAGCGAGUGUGA